GCUGCGCCCGGGACCCGCGCAGCCUCAGCCCAGAGCGCGGCGCGCGCAGCCCUGUCACCCCUCGCUCGAGGCAGGGGCGGCCGCUCGGACUUCGGCUCCUGGGGGUGCGGGAGGCCGGCGGGGGAGGCGUCGGCCGCUCUCGCCCUGCUGGCGGCAGCGGCGGCUGGAACCUUGGCCGCCGCCUCCUGUGCGCCCCGCUGCCCCGCGCGACCCCAGGAUUGCGAACUCUUGCCCCCGACCUGUUGGGAGGGGCUCCGCGCUCCUGCCCUCGGCCCGGAUGGGUCUCCUGGCUGGGACUCGGGCCACCUGGAGUUAAUGUCCAACUGGGGGUCUGCGGAGACCGGAUCCGAGGUGCCGCCGCCGGACGGGACUCUAAGAUGAAGUUAUGGGAUGUCGUGGCUGUCUGCCUGGUGCUGCUCCACACCGCGUCCGCCUUCCCGCUGCCCGCCGGUAAGAGGCCUCCCGAGGCGCCCGCCGAAGACCGCUCCCUCGGCCGCCGCCGCGCGCCCUUGGCGCUGAGCAGUGACUCAAAUAUGCCAGAGGAUUAUCCCGAUCAAUUUGAUGAUGUCAUGGAUUUUAUUCAAGCCACCAUUAGAAGACUGAAAAGGUCACCAGAUAAACAAAUAGCAGUGCUUCCUAGAAGAGAACGGAAUCGGCAAGCUGCAGCUGCCAACCCAGAGAAUUCCAGAGGAAAAGGUCGAAGAGGCCAGAGGGGCAAAAAUCGGGGCUGUGUCUUAACGGCAAUACAUUUAAAUGUCACUGACUUGGGUUUGGGCUAUGAAACCAAGGAAGAACUGAUUUUUCGGUACUGCAGCGGCUCUUGCGACGCAGCUGAGACAAUGUAUGACAAAAUACUAAAAAACUUAUCCAGAAGUAGAAGGCUAGUGAGUGACAAAGUAGGGCAGGCCUGUUGCAGACCCAUUGCCUUCGACGACGACCUGUCAUUUUUAGAUGAUAACCUGGUUUACCAUAUUCUAAGAAAGCAUUCCGCUAAAAGGUGUGGAUGUAUCUGACUCCAGCUCCAGAGACUGCUGUGUAUUGCAUUCCUGCUACAGUGCAAAGAAAGGGACCAAGGUUCCCAGGAAAUGUUUGCCCGGAAGGGAAGAUGAGGACCAAGGAGGCAGAGGCGGAGGAGGAAGAGAAGGAGGAAGGCAGCCAUCGUGGGAGCCUGGUAGAGGGAGGUCCAGCUAUAGAAAACUGGAUGGGAGAGAGAAAACAGCCAUCUGGGUUCUCCAGGACAGCAGCCGAAAUCACCAGAAGCUCAGGGCUGGCGUCCCUGGUUGGCUGUUGUCAUCAUUUCUUCUGAUACAGUCCACCAUCACCAACCACGGUUGCAGUCGCGGAUGUACUCAAAGAACCAAACCAGUGUAUCUCCUGUGCUUUGUUUUCACCUGUCUGAGGACGUCAGGCAAACAGUGAGUCUGGUGUCACUCCUUGUCAUUAUGUUCUACUGCUGAAAGUAAGAAAGAUUUAUUUUUCUGUCACUCAGUGGAUUCAUACCCUGGAAAGGAGAGGGGGAAAAAUAGCGGAGACACAAAAGCGGAGACACAAUUUAAAAGCCGAGGCCUGAGGUUGACUACAGCAAGCCUCUGGGGGAAUGGUUGAUGAUGAAUUUUGAACACAAUAUGUGGGGUAGGAAGAAGUUGGCUAGGAACCAAAAAAAAAGCUGUCUUCAUGAUGAAACACAAACCUGAAGGUAUUUCCUUUAUGUCCUUGGAAACAGGAAGCGAUCAUGGUUUUCGACAGCAUUCUCCUAGGAGAGCAAGCAGGGAAGGCCCCGCUGCCCCAGGCCAGGGAGACCCAUCCCAGGGCCUUCGGUUUACAGAAAGACAGAUGUUACAUACCCAGCUCCGUUGAUGCAUGGUCACCAGUGACCAGAGAAGCUACUCGAUGCAAUGCAUCUGUUUCAGAUACAGAAAUAUAGAGAAGAUAUUUAUUGAGAUUUAAGUUAUUGUUAUUUAUUACCAUUCACUAAUGAAUUUCUCUUCUUUUCCCCUUAUUUAUUAAAGUUUCUUUUCAAAGGUGCCAAAGUGUAUAUGCGCGCAAAAUGCAAAGAAAGGUAACAAAAGGAAAUUUUAAUUGGGAACAAGGGUCCAUGCUUUCCAAAGUGUUAAAAAGGUUUUCUCUAAGCAAAAAUCACUUACUUUACCUUUUUAAGAAAAUCCCUCAUUAAUUUCCCCAGACUUCAGUCUUUUUCCGUUUGUAUUUUUUUAAGCGUGUCAGAAGGAGCACCUCCAGGUUGGCUCCCUUUUUGGGGGCAGUGUGCAGAAACCACCAGCUUGGCUUCAUUUCUUUGCUGCUCCAGCACCGAACAGAUAUUGCCGUAUGCUCCACUCUCUGUUGUAGUUAUUGCCCCCCCCAUGUAUCUACCUGUAAUAUGCAUAACCAUAUACAUAAAAGGUAAAAUGCCUGUCGUGGGCAGUCCUGGAUUUAAUGUUGACCUAAAGCAAAGUGAAGGACCCUGUCAGGCAGCCAUGGUUUUGCCCUGACCUGUGGUGUCUCUUCCUCCAUCACUGCCAUCCACCCCUGCCUUUCCGAGAACCACAGGUGCAUAGUGCAGCCAGCACCAUACCGAUGCCUGGUCCCCUACAAGCCCCUCGGCUAUUGCCUGGGGUCAACUCUUGUAGCACCUACUCACCUGAAGGCUUCCUGGGGAGAAGGUGGCUAAGAAGGAUGGACAAGGAAAAUGCAUGUGGGCCAGCCGCAGCGCGCGUGCACACACACACACACACACACACACACACACACACACACACGGCCUCACCCCCAGAGCAGGGUCCCUCUUUGAUGAAAGAGCUCAGGGGAAGAAGCACAGGAUGGAAGCAGCUGCCACCUCUGUGGCCCCAUGUGAAUUUUUCUGGCAGCCAACCUAUGGGUGAUGAUUAGGCCCUAUGCUAGAGCUUGCUACACACGUUAUAAAAGGGCUUUUUAUCCAGGAGCUAAUCUACCACUACCUAAGUGGCUACUGGCCACAAAAGUAGUACACAUUUAGCACGUAUAACCUACUGGCCUCCCUCAAAUAAUUAUGUUAUUUUUGCAAAGUAACCAAGAAGCAGUUACCAGACAUCUUCCCCACUCAUCACCCUCAAAGACCCAAGUUCUCCAUUGUUCUGUCCCUCUGUCCUUUCUGUACCCUCGAAUGACAGGGAAAUGGAGGAAAAGGGUUUCUCUCACCCUCUCCUGCUCAAAACAAUGACAUCCCCAGCUAUGCAGCACAAUUUGGAUGUUGCCCCAAAUUCAGAGAAUGCUGGCAGAUGUGGUGGCUGAUGUUCCCGGGUAUCAACCUCAGCCCCAGCUCCCCAGAGUCCUCGCCCAAAGGGGCUGCAGGGUUCAAUGCGUGGUGACAACUUGUUCCCAGCAUCACCUGUACAUCAUAAGCAGGUUCUAAUGGGAGCAAAUUGCUCCACGAAAUCCACAAAAGGGUAAAGUUUGUGAUUUUUCUUUUUGAUCAUUGUGAUCACCAUCAGAUACAGUAAAGAGUGCACUUCUUUGGAAGUUCUGACUUCUCUGAUCUGUCCCGGUCGUUUGUGUUAUACAACCAAAGUUCUCUACAGACUUUAUUUUUGUACAAUAUCAUUUUGUAACUUUUUACAAAUAAAAACUCAUUUCUAUUGC